AGGACUGUAAGCCAUACAAUAUACUAAAAAAAUAAAUUAAUAAAAAAAGCGCAACACUACGCCAAUGAGCCAGUGAAGUCAGCAUGGCAGAGACAAACAACAACAAUACGCACCAGGCAAUGGGCAACGCUAACGGCAGCGAAUUCAAUGGCCGGCAUUCGGCCUCGCCGGCACGCACCAUAGACUCACACGACUCCACGACGGGCAGCAUGGACACAAUUGUGGACCGCAGUCUGAACCGCGAGGAGCUGCUGCAGGUGACCAAUACCAUUGAGCAGAGCACCAACACUACCAACGGUGCCGGCGGCAGUUUGACCAACUCACAAAUAGCCAUGCUGCAGCAGGACUCGCAACAGCAGGAGCAGCAGCAGCUGCAGCAGCACGAGCAGGAUGCACGCCAGCAUUUGGAUGCUCAGAGUCACAUUUAUUCGAGUCCCGUCUACGAUGAGAAGCCUUCGCCGCCAUUGAAGCUUACGGCGGCCACAUUGCUGGCCAAUGCGCAGCACGUGGACAAUGACAAAGACGAUGCCACAAAGAAGCCCAAGCUGAUAAGCCAUGAGGAGUUUAAGCAGCAACUGGAGGAGGCAAUGGCCACGCGUGGCCCAGCCGCAUUGAAGGCCAAGAGCGUUAGCAACACCAUCGAUUCGCGCAUCAGCAAGAAGCAGCGCUGCCCGCCGGAGUUCAUCAAAUACAAAGGGGGCAGUGGCGGCGGCAGCAGCGAUGGCGGCGCCGAUGGCUCCACGCUGACAGCAAAGGUGCGGCGCAAGCGUCGCGCCAGCAAUGAAUGCUGCUCCGCAUUCCCGUUGCAAAUUGUGCUGGGCACACUGCAACUGGUUUUGGCUAUUUCACUGGUGGCGCUUGGCUCCCUGCUUAUAGUGCGCGACGCGGCCUUGUCAAUGGCCGGUUGCGGCAUUUGGACGGGUCUGAUUGCCGCCGUCACCGGUUCACUGGGCGUGGUCAGCAUGCGCAAAACACAAACGGCCUUUCUGGCGCUCAGUUUGGUCUGCAUUGCCAGCAGCACGUUGGCGCUGGCCAUUUCUGGAGUGGGCCUGUCGCGCGACCUCAAUCGCAUGGCCGAGCAAAAGGGUGAACAGUUUGACCUAAUGAAUGCCAAUAGCGAAGUUUCAGCUGCUUGCGGGCUAAUAUUUGCCCUCUUUUUGCACUUUGUGGUUAGCAUUGUUUCGGUUUAUCGCUGCGCCCUGCAGAUUUGCACAAAAUCACCACAUAGCGAACUGCGCGAUGUUAUCAUCAAGUCGAACGCAUCGGGCAUUGCAUUAGAUCAGCAAAAGGUGGAUCAAUACAUAAAGGCCAUGUCACUUAACGGCAGCGAAAAGGUAAACAACGAGAAACUUGCGGCCAUGUGGAUGUAUGCCACCCACAUGGACAGCCUGCCGCCGCCUUCGGUGCGCAAAUUGACACCACCAUCGCGUUCCAUCAUGCUCAUACCAGCCACAGCUGCCGGUAAUGGUGCACCUCCGCGGCCUACACGCAUGCCGCCCGCACCACCAGGAUUAGGAGGUGGUAUGCUUCUGCCAGUGCCGCCGCCACAGUAUCGCGGCAUGACUUUGCCCUACAUGCGGCCGGGUUCAGUGCUUUAUGCGCAUCCCGCCAGCCUAACGGGCACCUAUCGGACACACAAGAGCACCAAGUCGGCGGAGUUGAAUGGCCAGCGUCGGCGUCGUCGUGCAGGCAAAUCGGAUGUGAAUCGACGCCAGCGACGCAAGUCCGAGGCGGAUGUACUAGAUGGUGCCCCCAAUUUUCAGUAUACGGGCCUGGAUCGCGCGAUAGCGGACAGUUUCCUGGCACGCCAGGAACAGUCUCAGGCGGGCAGCCACAUUGACUACUCCUCAUCGACGUCCUCGGCGCACAGCGAUGUCUAUGGCCAAAAACCAGCUGCCGGCUCGCGUGCCUCCUCCAAAGCGAAGAUUGUGUGCCGCGAUGUCGUCAUGUGAGCCCCAAUCCUAGUGGCCUCGAUUGAUGUUCAGCAACUUUUGUAAAUAGCUUCCCCCAAGCAACUGCCAGCCCGCCCAUUCAGCGGCUGUCCAAGAGCCCGUUUCUCUCAUUAUUAAUAUUAUUAUUUUUUUUAUAUGCACAUUUUUUGCAUACAUAAAUAAAUACAUCUAGUUGUAGGCAUGUGUUUGCAUAAUAAACGAAUAAAGUAUGCUCGUAUAAACAUAGAAAAUUCGGCCAGCAUUGG